UAAUACAUUUGGCACCAAUCUCAACACACGCACGGAGGGGUAGAUUUUUUGGUGACUCUGGAUCCAGCGAGAUAAGCUACCUGCGAUAAAAGUAGCAAGACGUUUUUCUGCCAAACAAAACAUCCCCAGCCGUUCAGGAAGUUUGGUACAUCGCUUUCCAUAUCCGGUACCGCAAACGAAAUGAGUAGAAAAAAUGAGACGGAACGGCAGAAGCAGAUACAGGAAAAGUGCCAGAUGCUGCUAACGAAGAUGCUGCGGGAUGAUGACAACAAGUAUUGCGUUGACUGUGAUGCGAAAGGACCGCGCUGGGCGUCCUGGAAUUUGGGCGUUUUCCUUUGCAUACGCUGUGCCGGUAUCCAUCGUAACCUGGGCGUGCACAUAAGUCGGGUGAAGUCGGUCAAUCUGGACAGCUGGACACCGGAGCAGGUGGUAUCUCUAGAGCAAAUGGGCAAUUCAAGGGCCCGUGCCGUAUACGAAGCAAUGAUACCUGACGGUUUCCGGCGGCCACAAACCGAUUCCGCCCUCGAAAGCUUUAUUCGGGCGAAGUACGAGCACAAGAAAUAUCUUGCCCGGGAGUGGGUUCCUCCGCCCGCACCGAAAGUCGACUGGGACCGGGAGAUCGAUGAGGAGAUCGAACGGCAAAAGCGCAAGAAAAAAGCGUCCUCUUCUGGUGGUGGCGGUAUCGGUUCGGUUAGUGGGACGCUUUCGCUUUCGUCGCCGGCAGACAAGAAAGGUCACGGUUCGUCCGGUGCGUCACCUUCGUCGACCGGGACAUCGAUGGCCGCUGUGCCAAAGCUGAAAGCACCUGCCAGCAGUCUGAAAUCGUCCAGCCGCACUUCGGGCGUCUCUUUGAACACUUCCUCCUCCUCCGCAACAACCUCCGACGCUUCCACUGCCCUGUCGUCCAGUGGGCCCGGUAACUCUGCCACUGGUGGUAGUACUGGCAAUACAAGCGCCGGAACAGAUUUGCUGGGACUUUCGCUCGGUGAAGGAAGCACAGCGAUCAAUCACAACGCAGGUGCGAACAAAACGGCUAACGGACUAUCAGCCACAGCGAGCAGCAAUGGGAUGGAUCUGCUCGAGCGCAAAAAUGCCGACACGGACGAUCUGGCAAAGGUGGAGGCGGACUUUUUCAAUCAAUCCGGUCCGGGCAAUGGAGUGGACGCCAGCGGUAAGCUUACGAAGGAUAAAAUUAUGGCCCUGUAUGGUUCGGCACCGAGCACGGUUGGACCGUCGGUUGGCAGUGGAUUCGGUGGGCCAGCAGGUUUCGGUGGAUUCCAGCAGGCCGGCAGCACAUUUCCACCGGCUGCUAAUGCGCCGUCCGCUACAGUACCAUUCAAUGGUGGCAUGAUGCCAGCUAAUGCUUUCGGUGCAUUCCAAACGUUCCCGGGCAUGAACGGUGUCCCGGGUGCUGGUGCUCCGGGACAAUAUCCCAUGAUGGGUGGUGGUGUUGCCCCUCCACAGAUGGUGUACAACAAUGGGGGUGUAGGCGCCCCGAACAUGAUGGCGGCCGGUUCCAUGUUCAACGCACAGACUGGUGUUCCUGCCCAACCGCUCGGUAUGGGUCCUCCGUACGGUGCGAUGCCACAGUAUGGUGCGGGUUUCCCACCAAUGGUCGGUAUGCCGCAACACGGACAAGCAAUGCCCGUUGCAGCAGCUUUCGCAAACUUUCCUAAGACCGUCCCUCAGCAACAGCAGCAGCAGCCACCACAGCAGGACAAACUAAGCAAUCAGUUCGGUACCAUGAAUCUGCGGGACGUGUGGCAAUAGAAGACGAGGACCUUCGGAAGAGGAAUCGACCUCUGCUAGGGCAAAUAACUUAUCUAUCUUUAUCCAAUAGCAUCAUCAGCCUCCCUCCCCACUCCCCCCGUCCGGCCAAAACAGAUUAACUAGCGAUGCAAAAAUCGUACGUAGAAACUACGAACUAAACUAUCAUAGAGAAAGUAAAGACGACGGUAGGGCAAUUACUUAUCUAGCUAAACGAAACAAGAAGGUAAAACAAGCAUAUAGAAUCACAAAUAUAUUGGUAGGAUAGUUUUGACCGGGUAUGGACGGGCCAUAUCUGUCGAUCGUAGCGAUACAUUUCGGUAUGGUAUCCCGGCAUUCUUUUCUUCCUAGCUCGGUUGGCCAUUCGGUUCACAGUAUCGCGGCGAGAGUUAGUUAGACUGUCAAGCGGUGCUGAGCGAUGCUGCAAGAAACACAGGGACAAGACAUUUAAUCAUGGAGGGACAAGGCAAAUGCAACUGGAAACUAUUUUCGACCAUGCAGUUAUCGAAUAGGGCGAUGCGUGCAAGCGUAUGACCGUUGAUCAGGUACAGAGGCACUGAACGUUUUGUUUUCGAGUAUGUUUUUUUUGUUGUUUUAAUCGCAACACUGCUAUCUAAAGAAGAGAAGUAUAUUAUGGUAUUAUAUAUUACAUCGCAAGUUGGAUGUUGGCUGUGUGUGGCAGCGGAAGGUGCGCGAUCGUUUCGUUGUUAGACGAUAUAUUUUAGUAGAUAACGGAGGCAAAGAAGCAAACAAAUCUGUCAAUGAAACUAAACCCGAUGUGCAAGGAUGGUUAGGGUAAGGAUGCAAUUGUAAUCGUCUACGUAUACACACUGGCACCGAGUGGCACGAGGUAAAAUAAUGCUAGUAACAUGUGUGCAAUCUGUGUCGAGUAUAUGCAUAAGUUUUGGAUCUGCUGUUGUUGGUAAUUAUUUAGAAUUGUAAUUAAUUGCCUUCAAUUUCUGAUAAAUGUUACUUCGAACUGGAAAUGGGAUGAUUUGGCUGCUUCAUUAUUGUUGCUUAAACUUUAAAGAAUGCAUUUUCCCAGUUUGCCACACUCUUCUGAGUGUAUUUGCCGUUUCAAAUGCCCUGCUAUUCUAGGAAAAAUGCUUCUUGUUUAACUAUUUUCCCGGAUUUAAAUCAAUUGAAUAACCCUGAAACUGGCUUCUUAUUUAAAACCGAUUGGCGAACUAUUAAAAAACCGCUACCUCUAUCUGUUACGUCAAGGUUUGAAGCUUAUGCAUACACCUAGUACACAUGGGCACAGCUGGCGUGUAAAGAGAGAGUAUUCUAAUGGGAUAUAGUAUAUGUAUGAGAUUUAAUAUAUGUAAUGAAUUGCAGACCGCGUGAGCAUUAAGAUGAUACAGGAAAGGGAAGCAAAGCGUCAGGGUAUAAAUUGACUGCAACUCUAGUGAAAUUGACGGCAACACGGAAAGUGUUUGCUCCCCGUCUAGUAACGCCACGUUGGUCGUGCUUGCGCGAGUGUGUUUGUAAACGGUGGCAUGAACUGCGAAAUGUUGUAUUUAGUUGUCGGAAUAAAUCGAUCGAUUUCGAAACACUUAGAUACAUAUCUGUGACUGUGAGGCAAAACAAAAUGUGAAGAGAAAAAUCGCUGCCUUAUGUGGGAUUGUAUUCGGGAUCGACUAUAACUCUUAUACAAUAUAUUCUUUCUAAUUUUUCUCACCUUUCCCCCUUUUUGAAGGUGAAGAUAUUUUAUCCAAACAUGAUUUGUUUAAUUCCAUUCAAAUAAUAAAUAAUGUGGAUCCCGAGCAUGCCAGACCAAGAUUACGAAAGUAAUGCAAUAGGGAUUUUUGUUUUAGUUCUGAAUCUCGGAAUAUCAUCAUGACAAAUUCGGUUCCUGAUGGUUAAGAAUCAGGACUCUAGUUUUGAAUUGCAUUCCCAAAUAUGGUUGAUCCGAUCGCGAUUCCAUUGUCCAACACAAAGGACACGCGAUCCCACAAAAUGGUUCCCUAUUCUGGCAUUUCUCGAACAA